AUGUGUGGACGUACUUGUUUGACAUUGGAACCCUGCGACAUAUUAAAAGCUUGUCGUUAUAGAGAACCAAAGCAACAAUCGAACAAAUCAAAAGAAAAUGAGCGGGAAUCUAAGAAACCGGUAGGCAGCAACAAGGAGGAGGACAAUGUUGACUGCCUAAUUGAACCUCCAUGGCGUUCGGAGUUUAAUUGUGAUCGAAAAUAUAUGCCCUCAUAUAAUAUAGCACCCACAGACAUAACACCCGUCUUGGCAUCCAAAUAUCAUUUUUACGAUGAAGAGGAAGCUAAAAACAUGGAAAGCUCGCGUGUUGUUGUUCCCAUGAUGUGGGGUAUGAUACCGUUUUGGCAUAAAGGUGAUUAUCGUAAACACGGCCUGACAACGAACAAUUGUCGUUUGGAACAUAUGCUGAAUUCGAAAUUAUAUAGAGGUCCUUUUCGUCGAGGUCAACGUUGUGCUGUACUGUGCGAAGGGUUCUAUGAAUGGCAAACAACAAAAUCUGCCAAACCAUCCGAAAGAGCUGCCCAUCUAUUGUAUAUGCCGCAAAAGGAACAGAUUAAGAUUUAUGAUCGCAAUACCUGGCAGCCGGAAGAUGUGAAUCUGCUAAAAAUGGCCGGCAUAUUUGAUGUGUGGGAGGAUGAACAGGGUGAUAAGAUAUAUAGCUAUAGUAUUAUAACAUUUGAAUCUUCCAAAAUUAUGUCCUGGCUACAUUAUCGCAUGCCAGCCAUAUUGGAGACAGAGGAGCAGCUGAAUACAUGGUUAGAUUUUAAAAAUGUCAGCGAUGAGCAAGCCUUGGCCACACUACGUCCCUGUACCCAACUCCAAUGGCACAAAGUAUCGAAUUUGGUUAAUAAUUCCCGCAACAAAUCGGAUAAAUGUAACAAACCUAUAGAAAUGGUAAAUGAAAAGCCACAAAUGAAUAAACUCAUGACUGCCUGGUUAAAUGCACGUAAACGGCGUGAAGCUGCCUUAUCGUCUGAAUUGGAAAGUGAUAAUGAAGAUGGUGCUGAUGAUGAUCGACGAUCAGCUAGAUAUUAUGGUGUGGUCGGUGGUAAUACAACGACCACAACAAAUACUAGUGAAAGUGAAUCGGAGUUAUAUGCCGCAAAACGGCCACGUUUUCGUGACUAUAAACGAGCUAUGAAAAAUGACCGAAAUAAUGAAAAUGCUGUAGUGGAAGUUAGCGAUAUUGGCAAUGCGGAGGAGGAUAGCGAUGUCUCUAAAUCUCAAAAGGAAUAA